AUGGUGAUGGAAUUUCCUGAUAAUGUGCUAAACCUCGAUGGACAUCAGAAUAACGGUGCGCAAUUAAAACAGUUCAUUCAGAGACAUGGCAUGCUUAAACAGCAGGAUCUAAAUAUUGCCAUGAUGGUGACGUCGCGUGAAGUUUUGAGUGCGCUUUCUCAGCUGGUCCCGUGUGUUGGCUGCCGUCGUAGUGUGGAACGUCUGUUUUCUCAUCUUGUUGAGUCUGGAAAUCCAGCACUUGAGCCCCUAACAGUAGGGCCAAAGGGGGUUCUCUCUGUAACUCGAAGCUGUAUGACUGAUGCAAAGAAGCUUUAUACACUGUUUUAUGUGCACGGGUCCAAACUGAAUGAUAUGAUUGAUGCAAUUCCCAAAAGUAAGAAGAACAAGAGAUGUCAAUUACACUCCCUGGACACACACAAACCAAAACCUUUGGGGGGUUGUUGGAUGGAUGUGUGGGAGCUCAUGUCCCAGGAAUGCAGGGACGAAGUAGUUUUAAUUGACUCUAGUUGUCUUCUAGAAACAUUAGAAACGUACCUACGAAAACACAGGUUUUGCACUGACUGCAAAAAUAAAGUACUUCGGGCAUACAAUAUUCUUAUUGGUGAGCUAGACUGCAGCAAAGAGAAGGGCUACUGCGCUGCACUGUACGAGGGCUUGCGGUGCUGUCCCCAUGAACGCCACAUACACGUAUGCUGUGAAACAGAUUUCAUCGCACACCUCUUGGGUCGAGCUGAACCAGAGUUCGCAGGAGGACGAAGAGAAAGGCAUGCUAAGACAAUAGACAUAGCCCAAGAAGAAGUUUUGACCUGCCUGGGUAUUCAUCUUUAUGAAAGAUUACACCGAAUCUGGCAAAAGUUGCGGGCUGAGGAACAAACGUGGCAGAUGCUUUUUUACCUAGGCGUUGAUGCUUUACGCAAAAGCUUUGAGAUGGCUGUGGAAAAAGUGCAGGGUAUUAGUCGAUUGGAACAGCUCUGUGAAGAGUUCUCAGAAGAAGAAAGAGUGCGAGAGCUUAAACAAGAGAAGAAGCGCCAAAAACGAAAGAACAGACGGAAAAAUAAGUGUGUGUGUGAGAUCCCUACUCCUUUGCAGGCCACAGAAGAGAAGGAAAUAAGUCAAGCAAAGGAAAAUUCAAACUUCACGGAAAGCAGCUGCAAAGCCUGUGGUAGCACUGAAGAAGCUAACAAUUGUGUAGAAGUAAUUGUUACUAAUGAAAGCACUUCUUGCACCUGUCCUGGUAGUGGUACCUUAUUAGGUUCACCUAAAAUCAAGAAAGGUUUAUCUCCGCAUUGUAACGGUAGUGAUUGUGGCUAUUCAUCGAGCAUGGAGGGCAGUGAAACAGGAUCUCGAGAGGGGUCAGAUGUGGCUUGCACCGAAGGCAUUUGCAACCACGACGAAAAUGGAGAUGAUUCAUGCAUCCAUCGCUGUGAUGACAAAGAGGAGGAUGGAGAUAGCUGCGUGGAGUGUUGGGCUAAUUCGGAAGAGAGUAACACAAAAGGCAAAAACAAAAAGAAGAAAAAGAAAAGUAAAACUUUGAAGUGUGAGAAUGAGCACAUUCAGAAACUUGGAAGCUGUAUGGCAGAUCCAGGUAACAGAGAGAUCUCAGGAAAUACCAUGCACACAGAGUUUCAUCGUGACAAGACCAAAGAGACGCAUGCUGAAAGCUGCUGUAGUUCAGAAAAAAGCGGGCAGCAGUUGCCUUGGUUUGAGCACGUGAAAAAUGUGUCACGGUUUGCAGAACCUACAGAAACGUCACUUGUUCCUAAUACUGGAAAAGGUGCCAAGAGCUUAGUGGAACUCCUUGAUGAGUCUGAAUGCACUUCUGACGAGGAAAUCUUUAUCUCACAAGAUGAAAUACAGUCCUUUAUGGCAAACAACAAGUCUUUUUACAGCAAUAGAGAACAAUACCGACAGCAUCUGAAGGAGAAAUUUAACAAAUACUGCCGCCUAAAUGAUCACAAGAGGCCCAUUUGUAACGGUUGGUUGACAACGGCUGGAGCGAACUAAAUAAAUAAAAUGGCUGUCUUUCGUUGAAAUUCUCAAGAUGACUACUGCGCCUUCUUUUUCGAAAACUUAAUUUAGUGACUUAUGGCAAAAAUUUAUCUUAAAUUAAUGUGAUUUUUUUUUUCUUGGUUUUCUGGGGAGACUGGUGGAGGUGAUUUCACUAAUUUUGUUCUUCAGGCUUGUAUCUUUAGUUGAGUAGCUGUGCAAGCCUCUUAUAAUUUAAGCCAUCUCUUUUCAUUAAAUGUUUCUCUUACUGUGAGACUUACAAGAAGCAAACUAGUGGCAAAGUAAUGUUGUACCUAUAAUUCUGUACAGAAUGACAAUGAGCUGAAUAUAAGAUUUUACAAAGUAGACAUCCAUUUGCAAAACGUUUUUGGAUGUAAUAUGUUAAAGCGCAAUGUGCAAAAUUUAAAUAAAGAAUAUUUAUUAAUAUGCA